AUGGCCAGUCACGGUGUUCGGCGAUUUAAGCCCGUGGAGAAGACUCCCGAAGAACGACAGCAGGAGCUGCAAAAGAUAGAAGACUACAGAUCUCUAGAACGCGAGGUCUCAGAAAAGGUGGCCGCACAAGAUCACACUUCCGAGACAUUGAAGAAGAUCUCCGAGCUGCUGAAUCGGAAUCCAGAGUACUACACCAUCUGGAAUCACCGGCGGCAGGUCAUGAGGCAACAGUUCUCGGACGCUGGGGAUGACACAGAGGAGAAGUCAACCCAGCCAAUUCUUCAACUUAUCAAAAAUGACCUGAUGUUUCUUAUCCCACUUCUGCGGAGCUUUCCCAAAUGCUACUGGAUUUGGAACUAUCGACUCUGGCUGCUGGACGAGGCUCGUCGGCUACUCGCAUUGCCCGAAGCUCGACAACUUUGGCAGGAGGAGUUUUUCCUGGUCGGAAAGAUGUUGACGCUGGACAGUCGCAAUUUUCAUGGAUGGGGUUACCGUCGCUUGGUCGUGGAGGCCUUGAAAGAGUUGGGGACCCCGGAGGAAGCCAUGAGCAUGACCCAAAAAGAAUUUGAAUAUGCCAAGAAGAUGAUUGGUGCCAAUCUGUCCAACUUCUCCGCAUGGCAUUACCGCACUAAGCUGAUACAGCGGUUAUUGGACGAACAAGCCGCCACCGACGAUGAGCGUAAGACGAUGUUAGACGAAGAGUUAUCUCUUAUUCACCAAGCCUUGAUUGAUCCUUAUGACCAAUCGGUGUGGUUCUAUCACCAGAACUUGCUAUCCGUGUUUGACCCGGCCACUGCAGACCGGACCAUGGCUCCGAACCUGACCACAUCGGAAAGACUCGAGUAUCUCCGACAGGAGAUUGAAAAUAUCCAGGAGAUUAUUGAUGGGGCUGAAGAUUGCAAAUAUAUCUACCAAGCCCUGAUUGAGUGUACAAUGUUGGUAUCCAAGGUGACGGGCAGUUUGUCCUCGCAGGACCGAAACCAAAUUUUGAGCUGGCUCUCAGAAUUGAAGCAGUUGGAUCCACUGCGAGAACGCAGAUGGCUGGAUUUUGAAAGAGCACUGUAG